AUUCGAUUGGAAAAAUGUUAUUAAUAUCAUUAAUAUUAUUACAAUUAAUUUCAGAUUGUUUAACCGUACGAAUUGUCAGACAUUGGAUUAAUCAAUCGGUUGAUAGUCGAAAUUAUUCCAAUUCAAUUAUAAUGGACUGUGAUUAUCAAUAUGAUCCUGAAGAGGAUAUAAAAUUAGUUGUCCGUUGGUUUUAUAAUGAUUGGCCUGAACCAAUUUAUCAAUGGAUACCAGGUAAUAUUGAUAAUAAUCGUUAUAUUGGUCAAUCAAUUCGACCGUAUUUUGAUAUGAAUUUUCAAAUUGGUGAUGAUAAAUUUACAAAAUAUCGUGCUAUACGUUUAAUGCCAUCAUCACAAUCGCAAUCGCAAUCGCAAUCGCAAUCAACAUUAUCAUUUGAUUUAGAAUUAAGUGGUAAUUAUACCUGUGUUAUAUCAUCAAUUAUGAGCCAGGAUUCAAGACAAGGUCAACUUAUAUUCUAUGUUCCACCUGAAAAAUUUGAAUUCAAUAUAUUUUCGAAUGGUGGUCGUUUAAAUUUUCCAACAAAUUUCAAUAAUAAUGAUAAUAAUCUUUCUGCUGAUGAUGAUAAUAAUGAUGAUGACGAUAGACCAAUGGUUAGAUGUCAAGCACAUAAUGUAUAUCCAAAACCAUUAUUGAGCUUUUCUGAAUUGAUUGCUGAUGAUACAAUCUCAACAAUGACGAUCAAUCAACAUCAGUCAUCACCAUAUUCACAAUUUAAACAAACAUUUCCACGGAUUAAUGUUCAGACAAUAAUAUCAAAUGAAAGUAAUCAAAAUCAACCACAGACAAAACAACUUUAUACAUCAUGGUUUGAAUAUCGAUUAAAAAUUGAUUCAAUCAAAGUUGGUACAAUAUUUGAAUGUCGAUUAGAAAUACCAACAACAAACUAUAUACGUAAAAAACGUAUCAAAUUAAUCUAUCCAUCAACCUAUCUAAAUGGUUUACCAUCAUCACAAUCAACAAUGACAACAACAAUGUUGGAUAAUAAUAAUCGUUGGUCACGACAAUAUGGUAUUGGUGGUGGUCAAACAAAACAAUUAACCGAUUAUCAAGCUCAAUUACAUCAUAAUCAACAAAGAAAUUGGGCCAGUCACAACAAUCAUAAUCAUCAAUUUAAUUUGAUUAUGACAUUAUCGAUGAUAAUGAUAAUUUCAUGGCUAAAUCAUUGUUUUUAGUUGUUUUCGUUCGUUCUUUUUGUAUCUGUGCCUUAAAAUGUUUGUAAAAUAUGUAAAUUUCCUAAUUAAUCGUUUGUCAACCUGGAGAAAAUACAAAACAAAAAACAAAAUUCA